AUGAAAGUCCACGACACGCCCGGAUUAGCUGUGCAAACGCCCGACACCUGUCGUUUCGACCCUUCCCAAAAUAUAAACGACUCUAUUCCAGAAAACGUGCACGUCCUUUUGGGCAUGACCAAACAUAUAGCAUUGCCGGCUAUUCUUUUCCAUAAAGAGGAAGGCUUUGUCUCAGAUUUGAAGGGCAAAAGCAAAACAUCAGCAAUCUCGCCCGGUCUCACCUGCGCACACGUGUCGGUCAAAGCAUCUCUAAAUGCUUCAUUUCGGCUUCAGGUUCUCUGA